UUCUGGUGCUGCCACACGAGCAUCAGAAUUUAACUGUCGGCGCCGUCUGUGAUGUUAACAGACCGUAAUGGCGACUGCUGGAACAGACAUGGGAUCAACAGCCCCGACAGGGACCAGCAGCAUUCGAAAAAUGGCCCCUGCAGAGAUGCCCGGCUCUUCAGGCAUGAGUAUGAAGAAGACCAUUGGACACCGGGGCGUUGAGACUACCACAGGAGAAACCACUUACAAAAAGACUACGUCAUCUGCCCUAAAGGGGGCAAUCCAAUUGGGCAUCGCUCACACAGUUGGCAGCUUAAGCCAAAAGGCGGAGAGGGAUGUUCUCAUGCAGGACUUUGUGGUUGUUGAAAGCAUCUUCUUUCCAAGUGAAGGCAGUAACCUGACCCCUGCUCAUCACUACAGUGACUUCCGCUUUAAGACCUACGCUCCUAUCGCCUUUCGCUACUUCAGGGAACUGUUUGGCAUUCGGCCAGAUGACUACUUGUAUUCUCUGUGCAACGAGCCACUGAUCGAGUUAUCGAACCCUGGAGCCAGCGGAUCCCUCUUCUAUGUCUCCAGUGAUGAUGAGUUUAUCAUCAAGACUGUCCAACACAAAGAGGCAGAAUUUCUCCAGAAACUGCUGCCUGGAUACUUCAUGAAUAUAAACCAAAACAAGCGCACCCUUCUUCCCAAGUUUUAUGGAUUGUAUUGCGUACAGGCAGGGGGUAAGAAUAUCCGUAUUGUUGUGAUGAACAAUCUUCUGCCGCGAAUCAUCCCCAUGCACCUCAAAUAUGACCUGAAAGGCUCCACGUAUAAGAGACGAGCUUCCCCUAAGGAGAGAGAAAAGGCUGUCCCCAUUUACAAAGACUUGGACUUCAUCCAGGACAUGCCUGAUGGCCUGCUGCUGGAAGCGGACAAUUACAAUGCUCUGUGCAAGACUAUACAGAGGGACUGCCUGCUCCUGCAGAGUUUCAAGAUCAUGGAUUACAGUCUGUUGAUGGGCAUCCACAAUAUGGACCAGGCCAGUCGAGAGAAGGAACGUAGUGGAGGCGGUUCGUUUGACAAUACGGGGUCCGAAGGCGCAGUGACCCCAGAUCAGCGCCGACCACAAGCACAGAAAAGUCUGUAUUGUACAGCCAUGGAGUCCAUCCAGGGAGAGGCUCGAGGGAAGGGAGCUCUGGAUUCAGAAGAUCACAUGGGUGGUAUUCCUGCUCGCAACAGCAAAGGAGAGAGGUUGCUUAUUUACAUUGGCAUCAUUGAUAUUCUCCAAUCCUACAGAUUUAUUAAGAAGUUGGAGCACUCCUGGAAGGCUUUGGUCCAUGAUGGGGAUACAGUUUCAGUUCACAGACCUGGUUUCUAUGCAGACCGCUUCCAGCAAUUCAUGUGCAACACAGUGUUCAAGAAAAUUCCAUUAAAACCAUCCCCAUCCAAGAAGAGCCGUGGUGGAGGUCAGGGAGGGCUUAGGAGGGCACCCACUCUGGGAGCACCCACACCACUCUCCCACACGACAGGGCAGUCAGCUGUGGACUCCAGAUUAGUUUACCACUCCCAUUUUAAAAGUACAGAGUCAGAGGCUGACAGUGGUGUGCAGUCAGGCAGACCCGAUCUGGUUCCUAGAACUCCUCCGCUGGUAGACAACCCUGCUGACUGUGAGGCCAACCUGUCCACCUCAUCACAAGGCAGCACAGGAGUCGCCUCCACCUCUCCUCCCCUGCGAUCCGUAGGCGUGGAAGUGCACAAAUCAGCAAACACGGAGUGUGAUCACGGUGCUUCCCACAGUUUGGGGGCAGAAGGGGCUUUAGAUAAUUCAGGCAACCUGUCUGGAAAUGAAGAUGUAGUUUCUCUGUCAGACAUCGUCCCCGAGACCAACAUCUGUUUUUAAAAGAUGAGACACUUCUAAAAAUGGUGAGUUGGGCAGAAGAAAGGCUAAAAUGAAUUGGAGUCAAUCAUCCACCGCAGACCCUCCUUCGCUCCUCUGCUGUUUUCUGACCUCUGCAGUUUACACAGUGGCCAGUGGAUAAAAUGGCAAGGUUUGCGACCGUGAGGAAAGCAGUGAUUUGGAAGAAGAUGGUGUGGGGUAGGCUUCAGACUUCCCCAGCCAUCAACACUGUCACUGUGUGCGCAUAUUUGUCCACACCUGUCCAAACUGUCUUUGAUACACACUCAGAAAAAGGCUUACAGCCCUGAAAAUGGCAGCUUUUUAGCAACUGCCAGCAUUACACUGACUAGACACAGAUUUCCCUUCAUGUCUGUCUGCAGCGAUGAUAAAAUAACAAAAUAAUGAGUUGUAUAUUGCUUUAAAAAAAAAAAAAAAAAAAAGUCAGUUUCACUAUCACAAGUGGCUCAUGGAAGGCAG